AUGUCUAAUCCUGCUUUGGAUUCCGAAAAGAUGGAUUUGGAUAAAUCUGCCGUCAGAAUCCCUACUGGAACGGACAUUGUGAUGGAAAAUAAAGAGCAGCAUUUACACGAAAAACACAGCGAAGUUCCUGAAGCCUCCGUCGCAGCACCAGCAGAAAAGGUGAUUGUUGAAGCAAUGACAGAAGAAAAGGCCACCGAAAUAAUCGCAGAAGUACCGCCUAGUCCUCCUCUCACCAGUGCAUUGGAAGCACUGAUUGGAGGUCUUGACCCAAUUAUUGUCGAUACACCCGUUAACGAUGCCUCUGUCAAACCUGCGGUCGCAAUCGAACCUGCACCCGUUGAAGCACCGAUUGAGGAAGCCAACCCUUCCGCAGAUAUGAUCAUGGAUAAUGCUCAGCCUAUGAACAUUGAUUCGGUUCGAGAGCGCUGCGAAGAAAUCAAAGUCAAAACAGAAAAGACUGCCGACGUCGAUGAAGCCGAAUCUCUCCUCCGAGCAAGCCAACCUACCAUGUUUUCUACACCAACCGAUAUUCCAGAAGCAGAGCACCCAGAAUGGGAGGCGGACUCUUCUCCCUACGAAUCCUCCUCCGACGACUCAUCUAGUGAUGACAGCUCCUCGGAUGAAAGUGAUGAAGAAGGGGGUGGGUACAAACUGCUUAGCCCAGAGGAACAAGCUCGAAUAUUAAUGGAGGGAGAUGGUGGUUCCGAUGAUGAGGGCGGCAAGAAAGGAGGAAGUGGUGCGGGAGCGCAAUUGCGGACCAAGAAUGAAAUUGCGGAUGUAGUGGUUCCAAAGCCAGAUGUUACCAUUACUCCGGAAAUGCCAAUUUCUCAGUUGGGAUGGGUAGAAACGACCGUUGAAAAUACCAUACUCAUCAAAGCGCAAACUUCUGGGGAAUAUAAAGUCCUCGAAAGUGGUUCGGUGUUGUGCUUGGAAAAUAGAACGGUCAUUGGAGUUGUCGCAGAAACUAUAGGCCGGGUGCAACAACCAUUUUAUUCGGUCAUGUUUACAAAUGCUGCAGAACUGGCAGAAGCGGGAAUGGUGAUUGGAACGAAAAUAUUCUAUUCCGAGAACCAUUCCACCUAUGUUUUUACGCAAGCAUUGAAGGCUUUCAAGGGAUCAGAUGCUUCAAAUCUGCACGAUGAAGAAGUGGGUGCCGAAGAAAUGGAAUUCUCUGACGAUGAAGCAGAAGCAGAACACAAGAGAAAAGUCAAGCAACAAAGACUUGAAAGGCGGGGUGGUAAGCAAAAUGGGGGCCCAAGCCGUGGAGGCCAUCCAUUGCAGCAGCAGCACACACCAUACGAUGCCAGCAAAGGCAUAAGUUAUGAUGAUGCUGAUGAUGACGGUCCUUAUAAGCCUCUGACUCGACCCGCUGGAUUUGCUGAGUCUGUUGGUCGAAGUGAAGCUCCACAGGAGGGACAGUAUGGCAUGAAUGGCAACCCUCAUGCUCAAGGCCACUUUAGGGGAAGAGGCAGAGGUGGGGAUAGAGCACGGAGUGAUAGAGGCAGAGGACGAGGCGAUAGAGGAAGGGGUAGAGGUGGUAAUAUCGACAGACGUGGUGGUGGGUACAGUCUCGGUCCCCAAGGUCGAUCAAGUAAUGGACAUCCUCCUGCUCAGAAUCUUCAAAACUUUAGUCCAGCCCCCCAACAGCCAGCAUUUGCGACGCCCGGUGGGCAAUUCCCGACAUUCCCUCAAUUGCCAUACAUGCCCACACCAGUUGGUCAAGGUAAUGCAGAAUACUCACCAAAUCAACCACAGCUACCCCCAAAUUGGGUGCCACCACCACCACCAGCGCCCGUUCAAUGGCAACAAUUUCAACAAGCCUUCGCAAAUAUGCAAAAUAUGCAGAACUUACAAAAUCAAAACGGAUGGCCUGCUAAUCCUCAAGCUGGUGCUUUCGUUAACCCAGCUUUCUUCCAGCCACCCGCUGGUGCACCAAAUGCAAAUGCGAAUUCAAACCCGAAUCCGAAUCAGUGGAAUCAAAGAUCAAGAGGAAGAGGAAGAGGCUCAUGA